AACAGAGGGAGAGCGGGUCCACUCACUGAUACGAACCCACGAACACUGCCAGUCCUUCACUUCAACACACCUCAGCUGCGACUCAAAUCUCCAACACGCGCAACAUCUGGAGUUGGGACAGAGAAAAGCCGACGCUUUCAGCAGCUGCUCGUCUCUUUUUUUCUCCUCUUCUCCUCUUCUCCUCUCUCUGUUCUGUGCGCUUCCACGAAACAGUGCCGCGUCCUUGAAAUUAAGUUGGAAGAGAGUUUUUGGUUGACGGCGAAAUAAAUCUCGCCCAGAGUUACUUCAAUCGCGGACCACUCAAAGGGAGGUGAAUGGACCUUCACCGCCCCUUCAAGAUGGACAGCCCCUCCUACCUGCCAACUCCUCUCGCCUCCCCUGCCCUGAUGGUCCUUGCUUCCACUGCCGAGGCCAGCCGAGAUGCCUCCGUCCCCUGCCAGGCACCAAGGCCCUUUGGCGUCCCUGCUUCCUUGGAGAAGGACCUCCACCUCUCCUUCCCCUCUGCCUCCUAUACUUUCACCUCCAUGUAUCAGCGCCAAGGACCCAUGUCAGGCACCUUUCCCUCCCGAGACUUCCCAGCCUCCCUGCUCCACCUGCACCCCCAGUUCACUCCUCCAAACCUGGACUGCUCCACCCUUGGUAUGCUCAACCACAGCGGGGUGGGAGCCUUCCGACCUUUCUCAUCCCCACAAGAGGAGAGAGAGUCGGCUGGUUAUCAGUCAGCUUUCACCCCUGCCAAGAGGCUGAAAAGCUGCUUCCCAGAGGUCGAGGGGAAGGAGUUUGACUUUGGCUCGUUGGGGGGCGCUCUCAAAGCUGGGGAGGACUCAGGGAGGAAGCUGUUCUCCAUGUCAGGCCUGCUCUCUGAUGGAGAGGCGUCGUCUAGCCCAGAGGAGCGCAAGGAGCACAACAGGGUGAAGGGUCUCUACGACGCUCAGGCCCCCAUGUGUCCAGUCUGCCACACCAUCCUGCGACCGGGUGAGCUGCAAGACCACAUGGAGCAGGAACUUACCAAAGUUGCCCAGCUACAAAUCAGUGACACUCCAGUGCAGCAUGACCUCCUUAUAAAAACCCCAAAGUCUGUUGCUCUUUCUCUGCACAUAAAGCGUGAAGGAAGUUCUCCCACUUCUCCCCCUCGACCGGCCGACAACACUCAUUCUGACCGAUACCAGACAUUUCUCCGCGUGCGGGCAAACAGACAUACAAGGCUCAAUGUCGAUGACCUCUGCUGGUGCAGGUGCUACGUCAAAUCUGCCCCAUUACGCCCUCACAGCGCAGGAGCUCACCUAGACUGCACACAAGCUGUCAGGAUUGGAAAACUGAAGCGGAGGAGACCAGGGGAUGGACAGGAGGGUUCAGUGGACCUGGUGCCACUGGAGAACGAGUGGAAUGAGAGGAGAAGGAUUCAGAUGUCAGCUAUCGUCGGAGGGUUUAAAGGUGCAAUGCUGGUGAGCACAACUUCUACUAAAGAGUGUCGUGACAGUGACGCAGACCUGGACGUGGAUGGAGAUGAUACUCUGGAGUACGGCAGAGCACAAUACACAGAGGCAGAUGUCAUGCCCUGCUCAGGAGAAAGCUCCAAGGAUACAACAGUCAACAGCAGCAGCAGCAGCAGCAGCAGUGUAUUACCUGACUCCAGAGUAAACCUAGACUAUUCCAAAUGGUUAAAUGAUGGAAGUCCAUCGACCAGCAGUGGAGAGAAAGCGGACGGCAGCGAGUCCACUCUGCCCAAAACCUGCAAAAAUACAGAGAUAGAGCCGCUCUCAGACAACUCCACGCUGACAACUCUGGAUGCACUUAAAGCUCGGAUACGGGAUUUGGAGAAACAGUUGUCCAAAGGAGACAGAUUUAAAUGCCUCAUCUGCAUGGACACGUACACAACUCCGCUCACCUCCAUCCAGUGCUGGCACGUUCACUGUGAGGAGUGUUGGCUUCGUACACUGGGAGCAAAGAAGUUGUGUCCUCAGUGCAACACCAUCACUUCACCUGGAGACCUGAGGCGGGUUUACCUGUGACGGGGAGGAGCUUCUUCUGUUGUAGCCAAUCAGGGGUGGACUUGUGGGCAGCUGGCCUGCCGUGGACUGCCAUCCUCUUCCUCCUUGGUUCAGUGUACUCCUGAAUUCUGAUGAAGAGUCGCAAACGAUCAUCCGAGACCCUGUAUAAUAGCAAUGUUGCUGCAACAUCGACCAGAUCCAGAAGAAACAUCUAGAACCCACUGAGAUCUCAGGCACUGAACAAAGCAAAAGAAAGAAAAUACAUAGAGAAAUGUUUUUGGACAAUAUUUAUCUUUUUCUAAACCUUUUGUCUGUUUUAUGAGGAAAAAAAACAAAACAAUAACAUGCAAAGCACAUGUACAUAGUUUUGUGUAUGUUUGAAUUGGUGUGUGUAAACAAUGUUGACUGUAUUUACUGUACAUAGUUUUUGAUUCUCUCACUUAUUGUUUGUUUAGCUCCCGUAGAUCCAUUAACAGUAAUCUCAUUCACGCUCACUUCGUCUUUGUCACUGAUGUGUUUCUUUGUACAGGAUCAUAAAAUCUAAUUUUAUCAAUGUUCAAUAAAACGUGCGUCUUAAAAGUCA